CGUGGCUGCGGAUAGGGCAGUCGUGUUCACAGAGUUUCGCGUGCGCGCAUCGAUUUCCUUCCACAGGGAAGAACGCAUUUUGUCGAAUCGAUUGUACGCCGGUCGGUGUGGUCACAGAAUCUUUGCCCUUUGAGGAAUUAUUAGUGUCCGAUUUUUUCCUAAAUAAGUAAAAGUGAACGUCCCUUUUUAAGAAAAACGUUUGAGGCAGCUUCGAUUCACAAUGAACGGAGUUCAAAAUGGCGCUGUCAACGGAUGCGGCGACAUAAUUUCGCAGAACCAGCUGAAGGGUUGCUGGACGAUAGGUCUUAUCAAUUCGAAGUAUCGUUAUCUGACCGCCGAAACGUUCGGCUUCAAGAUUAACGCCAACGGGGCGUCGCUAAAGAAAAAACAGAUCUGGACGCUGGAACCGGACACGAGCAACAGCGGCGAUAGUUUGAUAUAUUUACGGUCGCACUUGGAAAAAUACUUGGCCGUCGAUUCGUUCGGGAACGUGACCUGCGAGAGCGAAGAAAAGGACCCGGGCAGCAAGUUUCAAAUUAGCGUCGCCGAAGACGGAUCGGGUCGAUGGGCAUUCCGAAACGUCGUUAGAGGUUAUUUUCUGGGUGCCUCGUCUGAUAAACUGACCUGCACCGCAAAGGUUCCGAGCGAUGCGGAAUUUUGGUACGUCCACCUGGCGGCUAGGCCACAAAUGAACAUCAGAUCCGUCGGACGCAAACGAUUUGCCCACCUUUCCGAGAGCCUGGACGAAAUCUACGUGGACGCCAACAUACCGUGGGGCGAAGAUACCCUUUUCACUUUGGAAUUCCGCCAGGAUGAAGAGGGCAAAUACGCCAUACACACGUGCAACAACAAAUACCUUUCGUUAAAUGGCAAGCUGGUAGACAGUUGCAGUAAGGACUGUCUGUUUUCUGCCGAGUACCAUAGCGGUCAGCUGGCGCUUAGGGACAGACAAGGACAGUAUCUAAGCCCUAUAGGUUCGAAGGCGGUGCUGAAGAGUCGGUCCAAUACCGUUACCAAGGACGAGUUGUUUUCUUUAGAAGAUUCCUUGCCACAAGCGAGUUUCGUGGCAGCAUUGAAUGCGCGGUUUAUAUCCGUAAAACAAGGCGUUGACGUGACUGCCAAUCAAGACGAGAUUUCCGAUCACGAGACCUUCCAGUUGGAGUUCGAUUGGAGUACGAAACGCUGGUACAUACGGACCAUGCAGGAUAGAUACUGGACUCUAGAAACUGGCGGAGGAAUUCAGGCCGUUGGAGAUAAAAGAACAUCCAACGCGUUAUUCGAUCUGAUUUGGCAAGGUGACGGUUCAGUAUCAUUUCGCGCUAACAACGGUCGCUACGUCAUCACUAAAAGGUCGGGCCAUCUGUACGCCAACUCCGACACCGUCGACGACACCUGCAAGUACUUCUUUUAUCUCGUCAACCGUCCCAUUUUGGUGCUUAAGAGCGAACAGGGUUUCGUCGGCUACAAGUCGCCCGGCAAUCCGAAGCUGGAAUGCAACAAGGCUGUGUACGAGACGAUCCAGGUCGAACGGGGCGAAAAAGGCGUUGUUUAUUUUAAAGGUCAAAACAACAAAUAUUGGCACGCGGACAGCGAGGGAGUAACGGCCGAGUCGGACACCCCCGAGGGUUUCUACCUGGAACUGCGCGAACCUACCCGUUUGUGCAUUAAAACGGUCAACGGCAAUUAUCUGACUGCCGGGAAAAACGGUUGUUUUCAUUUGGGCGACACUUCCUACGAAAGUGCGACGCAGUGGGAAUAUUAAUUUGAUAUUAACGAUCCUGCAAACAGUGUGAUACAACAAAUUUUUCAUUGCACAACACUCAUAUUGAACGGUCGAAAAAAAAAGGAAAUAUUAAUUUUGGUGCAAGGCCAUACUAUAACAUUAUCGCAAUUUUUUUUAUAUUUAUAUAUUUAUGCACAUAUUAUAUUAUCAUUAUGUCAUUUACUUGAUUUAGUUAGGUUCGUUUAUGUUACGGUUGAGAUAAGUUCCUCUUUUUAUAAUUAAUAGCAAUUAUUUGACCAACGUUAAAUUAAAUACGCAAACUGCCAGGUUCCAUGGCCUUUGAUAUAACAAUACUUAAUUACCAAAUAUUGCAACCUAUAAGAUAGUGUCUUUUUUGUACUUGUAUAAUCGUAUGUAUUGAUGUAUAUAUAUAUAUAACAUCGUUAGUUUAAAUAUUCUGCCAAAAUGAUUACGUGGAUUUGUCAAAAUUUCAUAAGGGAAUACAUGUUUACUCUCCCAGGCUCAAUAAUUAUAUACUUUUACAUAUCUAAUAUAAGUCUUGUAUGCGAGUCAAAAUAUAUAUAAAGCUUUUGGAUAUUUUUAUAGCUUCUUAGCGAUGUUUGUGUGGGAACGUAUAAUUUUUGUAUAAUAAAGGUGUUAGUUCACUGAACAUUU